CACCCAUCCCGGGAUUUCAGCUCCCCUAAGGCCUCCGCCCCCCUCCUGGAUCCUCUUCUCCCAGUACCCAUCCCUUCAGACUGUCCCUUCCUCUAGAAGCUCCUUGCCUGGAGCCCCUUCCCUCAGACACCAGGGCCCCCUCCCUCCAGCACCCAUUGCUUCGAGUCACCCACUACCUAGAGACCACCUUCUUGGACUCGCAUCCCGGCUAGUCUCUGCCCUGCACCUCUUCCUCGCGUUCCCCCCUUCCCUCCCGGAUAGCCCCCCCGCCUUCCUUCUGUAGCUCUUACUCCUGCCUCUCCCCGUCUGCUCCCCGAACACAUCUCUCGGUUGCGGCCCCCAACAGCGCCGCGCUCGCUCAGCCUCCCCCCUACAUCUCAGGGCCCCCUCUCGCCGCCCCCAGCGCCAUGGCGUGCAGCCUCAAGGACGAGCUGCUCUGCUCCAUCUGUCUGAGCAUCUACCAGGACCCGGUGAGCCUGGGCUGCGAGCACUACUUCUGCCGCCGCUGCAUCACAGAGCACUGGGUGAGGCAGGAGGCGCAGGGCGCCCGCGACUGCCCCGAGUGCCGGCGCACGUUCGCCGAGCCCGCGCUCGCGCCCAGCCUCAAGCUAGCCAACAUCGUGGAGCGCUACAGCGCCUUCCCGCUGGACGCCAUCCUCAACGCGCGCCGCGCCGCGCGACCCUGCCAGGCGCACGACAAGGUCAAGCUCUUCUGCCUCACGGACCGCGCGCUGCUCUGCUUCUUCUGCGAUGAGCCCGCGCUGCAUGAGCAGCACCAGGUCACCGGCAUCGACGAUGCCUUCGAGGAGUUGCAGAGGGAGCUGAAGGAGCAGCUUCAGGCCCUUCAGGACAGCGAGCGGGAGCACACCGAGGCGCUGCAGCUGCUCAAGCGACAGUUGGCUGAGACCAAGUCUUCCACCAAAAGCUUGCGGACCACCAUCGGGGAGGCAUUUGAGCGGCUGCACCGGCUGCUGCGGGAGCGGCAGAAGGCGAUGCUGGAGGAGCUGGAGGCUGACACAGCGCGCACGCUGACGGACAUUGAGCAGAAAGUCCAGCGUUACAGCCAGCAGCUGCGCAAGGUGCAGGAGGGGGCCCAGAUCCUGCAGGAGCGGCUGGCCGAGACCGACCGCCACACCUUCCUGGCCGGGGUGGCCUCACUGUCUGAGCGGCUUAAAGGGAAAAUCCAUGAGACCAAUCUGACUUACGAAGACUUCCCGACCUCCAAGUACACGGGCCCCCUGCAGUACACCAUCUGGAAGUCCCUAUUCCAGGAUAUCCACCCAGUGCCCGCUGCCCUGACCCUGGACCCAGGCACUGCCCACCAGCGCCUGAUCCUGUCCGACGACUGCACCAUCGUGGCCUACGGCAACCUGCACCCGCAGCCGCUGCAGGACUCGCCGAAGCGCUUCGACGUGGAGGUGUCGGUGCUGGGCUCCGAGGCCUUCAGCAGCGGCGUGCACUACUGGGAGGUGGUGGUGGCGGAGAAGACCCAGUGGGUGAUUGGGCUGGCCCACGAGGCGGCCAGCCGCAAGGGCAGCAUCCAGAUCCAGCCCAGCCGCGGCUUCUACUGCAUCGUCAUGCACGACGGCAACCAGUACAGCGCCUGCACCGAGCCCUGGACCCGGCUCAACGUCCGCGACAAGCUGGACAAGGUGGGCGUGUUCCUGGACUACGAUCAAGGCCUGCUCAUCUUCUACAACGCCGACGACAUGUCCUGGCUCUACACCUUCCGCGAGAAGUUCCCGGGCAAACUCUGCUCCUACUUCAGCCCCGGGCAGAGCCACGCAAAUGGCAAGAACGUGCAGCCCUUGAGGAUCAAUACAGUGCGCAUCUAGGGCCGCGGAGGGAGUGCCCAGACGCUACCCGAGCCGCGGCCACCCGCAAGAGCACCACCCAGGGGACAGGAGAGGCCUGGAUUCCGGUCCCACGUGGCCACGGUGAGGUCUCAGGCUGCUUGUUUACCCUUCAGCCUCCGUGCUCCAUGAUUCCUAAACUCUGUCGGCAUUGAUGUCCUGUAGUUCUGACCUUGAUGGAGAGGCAGCUUUGGUCCAAGGAUGUGAUGUGGCUUCUCCUCGGGGCAGCCCCUGCCCAGUCCUCAUCCCCAUCCUCUGGGGGCAGGGGCCCACCUCCCUCUGUCUCCCUCCUGCCCACACGCCCUGAUCUCAGGAUGUGUCAGUGUUGCCAGCGGUUGGCAGCUGGAAAGAUACACAGGAACCCUCUUAUGGUCCCCACGUCAGAGUCUUGCCCCUCACUGAGCCAUGGGCCAUGUUACCCUUGACUCCAGCCCACAGUGGACACAGGCAGUAGCUGGUCCUAAGGUGUCCGAGAACCACCUCUUCUACCUCCAGACCAAGAGCUUUGUGGUUCCUGUUUUUCCCACUGCCCUGCAGGUAGAGAUGAUGCUGUGGCCUUUGCGAGGUACCUGUCAUUGGGACCACGUGUUACAUGUGCCACCACCUUCCUGCCCACGGGUAGAAAAGUAGGAUGACGGCACGGCCAGGGGCCAAGGCGGAGACCAGUAGCCUAAAGGCAGCUGCAGGACAAGCAUCACUAGGUGAUGGAGGUCCCCAGAAGCUUGGCCAAGGGUCCAAGCGGGCCUCUGGGACCAGGCUAGGGUGCAGGGAGCCGUGUCUCUGUCAGGACCUGAGCACUGGGACAAACUGUUGGCUGGGACCUCCCAUCAGGCUUGGCAUCUCUCUCCAUUCAGAUCCUGUGCGGAUAACGAGAGCUGCUUUGGCUAGUUUAAUGAGACAGAAUUUAUGAUCACAUCCCUGAUGGCUUUCCAGAAUCAUUGGAAAGACUGGAGGAGCAGACUCUGCUGGUUUUCCAGGAGUAAUUCCCAGCCGCCAAAUUCAUCAUGCCUGUCCUGAUCAAAAACGCUGCUCCCGUCUGUAGUAAGCCACUGACCGAAUCAGGAGGACGCGGACCGCAAAGCGGUGCUCCCUCCGCUGCUGACCAUGCCAGCAAAUGGACGUCCUGGGGCCCGCCUCUCUCCCACUCAAUUUAAUUCCCAAAUCCCAAUCUGGAUGAGAGGCACUGCUGGGGAAACACAACACAAAGCCUGGACUCUGGCUGCACGGGUGUUUGGGAAAUAGAUUCUUCUUUCCUGGCCCAACCACAUUAAAAGGACACAAAAGAAACAGAGAGGGGUUCACUUCCGGGUCUUGGCUUUAAAGCAGCAGAGCCUCCAGCUGUCCUGCUCCCUGGCUCUGGCCCUGCCCAGGGGUGGCCAGAAUAUCUCAAGCCUCAGCUUUGCUUUCUCAUCCUGAGCCUAGAUUUGGAGCUUGUGGGGUCCCUGACCCCACUCAUCCCAAAGGAGCCAGACUGGCUGAACUUGGGGGGGCUCCCCUCACAACUGUUGCCCAUUGGCGUCCCUCUCAGGCAGGAGGAAUCCUCAACCUCCCCCCACCCCUACAUCUACCAGAAUCUGGGUCACCCCAGCAGUAUUUUUAUUUUGAAUGUUGCCCAUUUUGUGAGUUAUGAUGAAUUUGUAUUAAAUUAAAGUUACAGAAUGUCA